CCCACGCCCUUUUUCAACACCCCACUGGCCUUCACGAUGACAGAGGAUAUCAACAAGAGCUUACUCUACACGACAUUGACGUCAAACUCAACCACGCUCUUCUCAUACGAGAAUGUGGCGUUGCUCCACAAGCUCAGUCUCAAUUGCUCAGAGAUAGCCACGGACGAAAUUGGACGAAUCAAUGCCUCCAAUUCGCUGGUAGGCUCGGUGCCCUUGACCUAUAAUCCCUCCGGACUGUACCCCUCAAAGGUGCAACUCACGCUCUUUUAUUUAAAGCGCGCGAUAGGGACCGAUAAAUACACCUCUGCUGACUUGGUGAAUGUCUGUGCUAUUGCCAGUAGCCAGAUUAACAAGGCGUUUGUGCUCGAAACGUUGGACAAGAUCAUGGGCGAGUAUAUUGCGUUUCAGUACGCCCCGAGCCACGAGAGCGAGCCGUUGUUGCGGCCGGUGCUAGGCGAGUUCAAAGUGACAAUGAAUAAGAUCAUCAAGCUGGCCGAGGCGAGAUACGAUACGGAUGCCUUUACCGCCACUACCGCAGAGGUGGAGUCGGUGAAAACCAUCAUGGUUGACAACAUCGAGCGUAUCCUCGAGCGGGGCGAGCGCAUUAGCUCGUUAGUGAACAAGACGGACAGGAUUAAUAAUAGUUCCAACGCCUUCAGAAGACGCACUGUUGCUAUCAGGCGCAAGAUGUGGUGGACGAAUGUGCGGUUGAUGGCGAUUGUGGGUGGGGUUGCCACAGGGGUGGUGUAUAUGGUGAUGGGAGCUGAAUGUGGCUACCCAUUGUUCAAUCAGUGCUUAAGAGGAGGACAAUAGGAGUUUAUCGGUAUGUUUAUCUGAAAGCUAAAGAAUGGGGGUGAGAUCAGGCAGAAGGUGGAUCACAACGUUCUGGCACGUCUUGGGUUUCUUAAGAGCAAAUGUCGAGCGCACUACACUCUUUAUUUGUCGUGGGUUUUCCCAGUCUACCGCCUAUAGAUAUGGGAUGUACCCGUGGGUGCUAUAGAUUGGAUAACGUCAGAGGGUAUAUGCCAGUUAACCUGCAUUUUCACCCUCCCCACUCAUUCCAUGUUCAUUAAAAGUGUUCAUAUGGGCCGUAACAUGGGUUGUGAUAUGGGAUGUAAUAUAGGAUGUAAUAUGGGAUGUAAUACAGUCUGUAAUACAGUCUGCCAUUAUGAGC